UAUUUGUCCGUUUCAAUUUUAUUAAUUUGUUUGUUCUUGUAGCUUUGGUGAGGGGGUACCUUUGAUUGAUGCCUUGUGUUUAGUCGGAAGGUUUAGUGGGGACCCCCGGCUACAGACAGGACUCUCCUGCGUUUUCUGUGCGCAAACAGGCGCUCUCGAGGGCAGCUCCGCCCCACCCUCUCUGCUGACUGAGAGAAAGAGACUUGGGAUGCUACAUUUUUAAUGACGAACUAGCUUCAUUUUUUCCUCCCUUCUCUGACUCCUUAUUUUAUAAUUUCUUCAACAUGUAGCCUACAUAUUUUUAUUCGGAACCACAUUUUAUUCUCCAGAUCCGUAUCCUUUAGCUUUUCGUUGGUCGUCAAGCUACGGGAAAGAUAAUGGAUCUGUGACCCCUUCAAGGACCGACAGGAGAGCCCAUCUUUUUGUUGCUGAUCGGGAUUCGGAGCGUGGCCAGGCUACCGGGUUCGCGAUCAUGUCGGAGGCAGAAGUGCCGGAAGCUCCCGGUUCGGAGGGGAAACCCGAGCCGGCAGCGGGGACCGUGGCCGGCAGUGUGCCACAUGUACAGGCUGAAACCCCGGCGGUUCCCCAAACGCCCCCCAUCGCCUCAGCAACAGAGGAUGAGGAUGAGAGUGAGGAUGAAUCGGAGAUCCUGGAGGAGAGCCCCUGCGGCCGCUGGCAGAAACGAAGGGACCAGGUCAACCAACGCAAUGUCCCGGGGAUAGAUGCUGCUUACCUGGCCAUGGACACUGAGGAGGGGGUGGAGGUGGUUUGGAAUGAAGUUAUGAUUUCAGAGAGGAAGAAUUUUAAGCCACUUCAGGAGAAAGUCAAAGCUGUAUUCGAUAACCUGAUCCAUUUAGAACACGCUAAUAUCGUCAAGUUUCAUAAAUACUGGGCUGACAUAAAGGAAAGUCGGGCCAGGGUGAUUUUCAUCACUGAAUACAUGUCAUCUGGAAGCCUGAAGCAGUUUCUGAAGAAGACCAAGAAGAAUCACAAAACAAUGAAUGAAAAAGCUUGGAAGCGAUGGUGCACCCAAAUUCUGUCGGCUCUCAGUUAUCUCCAUUCAUGUGAUCCACCCAUCAUCCACGGCAACCUCACCUGCGACACCGUCUUCAUUCAACACAACGGGCUCAUUAAGAUCGGAUCAGUUGCUCCAGACACCAUCAACAACCACGUGAAAACAUGUCCCGAAGAACGGAAGAACUUACACUUCUUUGCUCCUGAAUAUGGAGCUUCUGAAGAUGUCACCACAGCUGUUGACAUUUACUCUUUUGGAAUGUGUGCCUUAGAGAUGGCGCUUUUGGAAAUUCAGGGGAAUGGAGAAUCCUCCUUCAUUUCUCAGGAAGCUAUCAAUAACGCUAUACAGUUCCUGGAGGAUCCGCUGCAGAGGGAGUUGAUUCAGAAGUGCCUGGAGUGUGAUCCCAUCUCAAGGCCGACAGCGCGGGAGCUGCUGUUUAACCAGGCUCUCUUUGAGGUGCCGCUCUUAAAGCUUUUGGCCGCACACUGCAUCGUCAGCCACCAACACAUGAUUCCAGAGAAUGCCUUGGAGGAGAUUACAAAGAAGCUUGAUCCUAAUCUCAUUCUUGCUGUGUCUAAAGAGGAUGUACAGCUCAGGCUUUCCCAGUUUCCUGCUUUGGAACUUGAUAAAUUUCUUGAGGAUGUGAGGAAUGGUAUUUACCCGCUGACGGCGUUCGGGGUCCCUUGUCCACAUCAGACCCAACAGAAGAUCAUUAAAUCUCCUGUGGUCACCCCCAUGGUUAAAUCACCCACACCCGAACCCACGGAGCUGGAGACGCGACGGGUUGUCCAAAUGCAGUGCAACUUUGAACCUGUUGAGGAGGGCACAAAGUUUCAUAUAACGUUACUGCUGAAACUGGAAGAUAAACUGAAUAGACAUCUAAGCUGUGACAUGUUACCUCAUGAAAGUGUUCAGCAGUUGGCUGAAGAGUUAGUCCAGCUGGGCUUUAUCAGUGAGAUGGACCAACUGAAAAUAUCCUCAUUGCUUGAAGAAGCACUCAGUCAAACGAUUCACUAACGAGACUCCUCACAUCUACACUCUCGAGCGUAUUACGGGCUCCUCCUGUAAACAGAACUCAGUGAUUGUCAUUUUAUCGAAUGCCUUCUACAAAGCUUUGCAUGGCUAUGUGACCAAAGGAGUGGAGCCUCCGUCAUAUCAGGAGAUUAAAAAAAAGAAGCAUGAAGCCACAUGCCUUCAAAGAAACCACCAGCUGUGAAUUACAUUCUCUGUCCGAGCACACAAUUUUAUACAAGUAUGGAAAUAUUCAAAAUGGUUUUGAAUGAGGUUUUGCUGUCUUAAGUCCAAAUGCUACAGGGACAUCAUCGAUGCUGGACCACACUUGAUACUGACAAUGAUGGUGCAUGCAGUCUCUUCAUCAAGUGUGUUUCAUUUGGUCUUUUUAUUUUUAAGUCUGUUUGAAGAAACUUAUUUAAUUAAUGCUUUUAUUUACUGGAGGCAACUGACUUACUUGGGUUGUUUUAACUUUUUGAUUUAGGUACUCUGGGCUACUCUCUUGUAUCCUCCUCAAACAUAAUAUUACAUAAGUAGAAUGUUCUUGCAACCAUGCAGCUUAUUUAGUUAACUUUACCAUGUAUGAGUUCAAAUUCAUGAAGCGGUUAGUGCAGAAGAAAUUAUGCAUCCUAACAAUUACCUCUCUCAUUUUCGCUUCUAAAGUUUUAUUUAGUUUAUGCAUCGCUUCUGUUCAAAUAUUUGCCUUAAAGUCUCAUUUUUUACACUUUUUUUUACUGGUAGUACAAGUUUUCUGAAUAUUAAAUCUACAUUUACCAUUCUAUCAUUUCAUGUAUUCAAGUCGUGUGCUGGAUCCUGUCUUUCUUUAAAUGUUUGACUGAUGUUUUUCUUUUUUACUGGUAUUUCAAUGUGUCCAUUCUGAGAGGCUGGAAAAUCGCAGUUACUGACAGUUACAGUAGAACUCAUACAAGCGUUACAUGAGGUACUUUUUUGUUUUUUUAAAUAGAAUUUUUAGUAUUUGUACCUUUUUGCCCAAAGAUUGUAAUAUUCAGGGAGUAGAAUAUAAAAUUCAAAGAAUUUAAGAAAAUGUCCCUUUAAGAUAAAUCUGAUGUAAUGAUUUUAUUAUCAUGUACAUUUUAUUAAUAAAUUAAAAAUUUGACCGUUUUCCUUUUGAAAGACACUUAAAGCUUUUUUGACGUUCAUUGUGAUGCACAUCUUCUAAUAUAUUUUUAUGUUGUACAUCUUUUCACAUACGUCUUAUGAACUCAUUAAUUCUGGUGGUUUUCCUCUGAGUAUUAUUUUAAAAGUAUAUUCAGGCUACUUUUUUUUUUUUCUCCGUCCAACUUGUCUGUUUAUGUACAUACAUCAUGUAAACUGCUAAGAUUGUAAUUUCCCAUAGAUGUGCUCUAGUCGGUAUAGGGAAUGCAAACUGCAUAAACUCUUGCACGGAUCUGGUUCAGUGUGAAUGCUGGAGUUUAAUGCAGAUUCCCUGCAAUCCCUCUGACUUUCUUUUAGUACUUUUUUUCCAUCCUGUUUAAUGGUGGGGAUGAAACUGGUUAUUAAAUAAUCGUACUGGGUUGGCAGCUCUAGACUGUUUUCUUAUGAUGCAAUCUUUUUUGAUAUGUUUGAAUAUUGCUUUGUUUUGUAUAUGACAUGAAUGUCAUUGAAUGCACAUUUUUUCUGAGACCUACAUAAUGACAGAAAUCUAAGUGAAAUGCUUGUUCUUGCAAAUAAAAGGGUCAAUUUAUUCA